AUGAAAGAACUCAUCAGCGGGACACCUCUCACGCUGCGGUGCGGCUUGACGCUGCCAAAUCGUCUCGUGAAGGCAUCCAUGUCUGAAAACAUUCAUACCCUUCAAUCACUACCAAAUGCAAAGAUUGGCAAUGUUUAUCGCCAGUGGGCUAAAGGUGGAUGGGGUAUGUUGAUCACGGGCAAUGUCCAAGUUGAUGAUCGGUAUCUCGGCACAUCCACAGAUUUGGCCCUUGACUCAUCACUGAGCGAUGAUGCCAUCACUGCCUCAUGGUCUACCUGGGCCCGUGAAUGCAAUCAGUAUGGGACACCGGCGAUUAUGCAGCUGAACCACCCAGGAAGACAGUGUCCCAUCGGCGCCGGCAAGCAUAGAGUUUUGGAAAAGAAUCUCGCCCCAAGCCCCGUUGGUCUCCAGAUGGGGCCAGGACUACUGGCCACAGCAGUCUCUAAGCUAGCCUUUGGUAUACCACGCGAAAUAAGUGAGCAAGAGAUUGAAGUCAUCACCGAGAAGUUUGCCCAGGCGGCUGCGUUGGCGGCAAAGAGUGGCUUUGCGGGUGUCGAGAUACAUGCUUCACAUGGAUAUCUGCUGGACCAAUUCCUCUCCAACCAAACGAACCAUAGGAGCGACAGCUAUGGAGGUGACGCGGUUGGCAGGGCGAAGCUAAUAACAGACAUUAUCCUUGCUAUUCGUAAGUCUCUACCUGCUGAGUGCUGUAUUGGCGUUUUGGUCAGUGGGGCGGAAGGUGAGGAGGACAUGUCGGCGGCCAAGGAUCGUCUCGAUCAGCUGGACGCAAUGGUGAACGCUGGGGUUGACUAUUUACAUGUCAGCGGCGGGACUUUCGAGAAACCAGCAAUGUUUCUAGGCGCCGCCCUAGGCCAUGACGAAGACAAGACAGGGAAAAUGCAACCUUAUUUCAAGAGCUUCUCUCGAAUUGUCAAGUCUCGCUUCCCAAAUGUGCCAGUCAUUGUAACUGGAGGUUUCCGUGACAGAGCAAGCAUUGAGACGGCUUUGUCGUCAGAGGAGAGCGAUAUGGUUGGCAUUGCAAGGCCGGCUGCUGUCGAUCCGCGCCUCCCACAGGCAAUAAUCUUGAACCAUGUGGUUAAUGACCAAGACGCUACAUUCCAUCAUCCCAAGGUUGAGGCACCAUGGAUCAUGCGCCAGGUGGGAGUGACAGCUCUUAAUGUCCAUAUGGAUAACGCCUGGUAUCUCAGUCAUUUGCGCAAAAUGUCACAGGUCGAUAAAUGA